AUGUGGGCUGCUAAAAGACUUUGUAGUGCUCAAAUACUGUUACUUCAGUUGAAAGAAGUCAGAUUCUGUAGUUACAUGUUUCCAAAACCUCAACAGUUCUGGACUGGAAUUCUAAACUAUUGCACCCUAAGAGCGCCAUGUAACAGAGUUAAAUUCCAGGUUUCCAAGGUAAAUGAUAAACGAUCAUUAGUAGAUACAAGAAUGGCUGCUAGUGCAGAGGGAACUAAAAUAGCUGCUGGAAAAAGUCCCAGUGGAGCGUGUGAUGGAAGCCAGCAUUCAUUAGAAGAAAAUAUGAAGCACAUCAAUCUGUCAUUUGCAGCUUGUGGUUUUCUGGGUAUUUACCACUUGGGGGCAGCAGCUGCUUUUUACAGGCAUGGUAAGAAGUUACUGAAAGUUGUGAAAGCUUUUGCGGGAGCUUCUGCGGGAUCACUGGCUGCCACUGUCUUGUUAGCAGUACCAGAAAAUAUAGAGAAAUGUAAGCAGUUUGCCUAUGGAUUUGCAGAGGAAGUUAGAAAAUUGGACUUCGGUGCAGUAACGCCUGGUUAUGAUUUUAUGAAAACACUUAGGGAAGGCAUAGAGUCUAUUCUUCCUUCUAAUGCUCAUGAGAUAGCUGAGAACCGGCUCUAUGUGUCAGUCACUAACACCAAAAAUGGGGAAAAUCACUUGGUUUCAAAUUUUGCCUCCCGGGAGGACCUCAUUAAGGUCCUACUAGCGAGUAGUUUUAUACCAGUAUAUGCAGGAAUUAAGCCAGUGGAAUAUAAAGGAGAGAAGUGGGUUGAUGGUGGCCUUACCAAUGGCCUUCCAAUCUUGCCUGUUGGAAGAACUGUGACGAUUUCUCCUUUCAGCGGUCGGUUAGAUAUCUGUCCACGAGAUAAAGGACAUGUGGAUCUUUAUGUUAAAUUUGCAAAACAAGAUAUAAUGCUGUCUCUGGCCAACCUUAUAAGACUUAAUCAAGCUUUGUUCCCACCAAAGCAGGAGAAAAUGGAAUCGUUGUACCAAAAUGGAUUUGAUGAUGCUGUACAUUUUUUACUGAAAGAAAAUUGGUUUGAAUAG